AUGGUCGCGCUGCGCGCCUCACUGUUUCUUUUGCCCCUUGUAGCGACUCUGGCCGGGGCUGCACCUGUGAAACAACACAAAGUCCAAGGAAGAUCGCAAUGCUCUGCGAAUGCAUCUCAUUCGCACGCGACCUCGGUGGCCGUCACCUCGCCUACCUCAACCUCCAGUCGCACAAGCCUGAGCUCCAGCCACGCUGCUACUACGUCCAAGACUACCUCCUCGUCAUCUGCAUCACCUACAUCCUCAUCCGCUGCGCCAUCAUCUAACACCGUCAUCGCGGCCUAUUACUCGGACUGGGCAUCCAACAUCAUCUCCCCAGAACAAGUCGACUUUGAUCGGUUCAACUGGAUGGACUUCGCCUUUGCUAUUCCCGACGAGAACUUCAACUUGCAGUUUACGGAGGACGAUUCGGAGCAAUUGCUCCAGCGGCUGGUGAAAGCGGCGCACGCGAAGGGAAAGGGCGUGAAGCUGAGUAUUGGUGGCUGGACUGGCAGCGCUCAUUUUUCCGCCGCUGUAUCGAGCGACGCUAAUCGGCAUACGUUCGUGCAGAACAUCGCUAACCUCUAUCAUCAGUACAAUCUGAAUGGUAUCGACAUCGAUUGGGAAUAUCCUGGCAUUGCUGCUGCUUCUCCAAGCAAUGGCGCCUCACCGCAGGAUACUGCGAAUCUGCUGGAGUUCUUCAAGCUGCUCCGGAAUACUUUACCGUCAGGUGCCGUCCUCAGUGCUGCUGUCCAAGACUGGCCAUGGCAAGACGCAGACGGGAAUCCAUCGAACGACAUGUCGCCUUUCGCGCAGCAACUCGACUGGAUCACGCUCAUGAACUACGAUGUCUCCGGCUCGUCCAGUACGCCCGGGUCAAAUGCACCUCUCUCCGACCAAUGCGGCAACUCCAUCUAUCCGCAAGCGAACGCCAUGGCUGCUGUAGCAGCAUGGACGAACGCCAAGUUCCCCGCGAACAAGAUCGUGCUCGGCGUACCCUCGUACGGUUAUGUCUCCCAAUCAUCUGUCGACCACCUGUACGACAAGCGCGCAUACAUGCGUCGAGCUUUGCAAGUCACGUCCGACGCUGGGAGUACUUCUGACGGUCAGAUCAUCUUCCGGGAGCUGAUCAGCCAAGGCGCACUCACACAGCAAGGCAACGAAUGGGUCGGCGACAACGGCUUCGUCAAGAACUGGGAUGACUGUUCCGCCACACCAUGGCUCAAAUCGACUGCUGCCGAUCAGGUCGUCACUUACGACGAUCCAGACUCGCUCUUUGUCAAAGCACAAUACGCCAGCCAGGCCAACCUCAGAGGUGUGAACAUGUUCGACGUCAGUGGGGACACGGCAAGCUGGGUGCUGGUCGAUGCUCUUCGCAGCGGGCUUAAUCUGUCAUAA